UGAAGAAAUUAAACAAAGAAGAAAAAAUAAAAAGGAAAUAAUUAAAGUAAUAAAACAAAAGAAAAAAAAGAAUACAAAAUUACAUCAUAGACAAAAUGGAUACUCAAAUUCAAAGAGCUUACUAAAAACAAGACGGUGUUUUCUUAAACUCUAAGAAGCUUUUGGCUAAGAAGACUUCUGCUGGUGUUAGAUACUACAAGAACAUCGGUUUGGGCUUCAAGACUCCUAAGGAAGCUAUUGAAGGUACCUACGUCGAUAAGAAGUGCCCCUUCACCUCCAACCUUUCUAUUAGAGGAAAGAUCAUUAAGGGUUUAGUCAUUUCCACCAAGAUGAACAGAACCGUUAUCAUCAGAAGAGAUUACCUCCACUAUGUCAGAAAAUACAACAGAUAUGAAAAGAGACACAGAAACAUCCCCGUCCACAUCUCCCCCUGUUUCUCCGUCAAGGAAGGUGAUAUCCUCGUUGCUGGUCAAUGCAGACCCAUCUCCAAAACCGUCAGAUUCAACGCCCUCUAAGUUGUUCCUAACGAAAUUAUUGGUUCUGUCAGAAAAUAAUUCCUCCUUUUCUGAGAAAAAUAAAUUUUAUACUUUAUUAUAACUUAUAAAUUAAAUUAAAAUAAAAUAAUUCAUUUUAUUUUUAAGUAUUUAUGAUGUAUAUCAAAUAUUAAUCAUAUUUUAUUUAAACGAAUGUUUUUAUAGAAAUACUUCAACUUAAUAUUAUCAUUCAAAACUACUUUUUCAAAAUACAAUACAAUAAAAUGCAUUCAAC